AUGAAGAACCUUAGGUGGAUUGAUUGGAAAGGUGAUAUUGCGAGUCCAUUGCCUACUAACUUUUCAUUAAGGAAGCUUCGUUGUCUGUUAUUGGGUUACAACCUUCAAAGACAACUUUGGGAGGGUAGUAAGGUGUUACCACCCAUUACCCAACUAAAGAACCUCAAGAUCCUUUCAUUAUUAUGGUGCCCUCAACUUUUGAAGUUCUCAGAGAUCCAACAGAACAUAGACCAUUCACGACACUUUGAUUUGGAUAACACACAAGGUAAUAUACCAGGAGUGGACCUGAUUGAUGUGGAAGAAGGUUGUUUACAUGAUCCUUGUUUACCUCUCAUAGGGUUAUGGCUUUCUCACAACUUGCAACAGCUUGUCUUAAGAAAGUUGGAUCUCAGUUGGUGUGGUUUGGCAGAUGAAGCAACAGGUUCUGAUGUUUGGGAGUUGCCCAAUUUGCAAGAACUCAAUCUGAAAGGAAAUAAGUUCUCACGAUUAAAUUUUAGUGUUUUUCGACUUCCUCGGCUCAAAUGGCUCAAUGUGUCAAGCUGCAUAGAACUUGUAGAACUGUCAGAGCUCCCAUCAAGUAUAGCUGUUGUCUUAGCAGAUGGUUGUUGGUCACUUGAAAGCUUUGGAGAUAUUUCAAACUGUAAAUGGUUGUGGAAACUCUCACUUCUUUGGUGUGACAAACUUGGUGGUGGUGAUAUAUUACUUGACUCGGUGCUGCAGGGAAAUGCUAUUGAAGAUCACUUUAUCACUGUUGCUCUUCAUCAUCAGAUUCCGAAGGGGUUUGUAGGUAGGUUCUCUAGGGGGUUCUCAUUUACACCAUGUCAUCCCCAUGAUACCGAUGACAGUGGGCACACCUUUACAUUGCAUCUUCCAGAUGAUUGUUCAUUGAGGCAGACCACAUCAUUGAAUUCAUCAUACAAUAUUAUUUCAUUUUCCAUAAAGGAUGAUUGGACUUCGUUUGCUGCUGAGCUUGUUCCUAGAAUAAGUGAAGAUGAUCCGCUGCAAACAACAAAAGUUGCAACAGAUUCCUCAGAAUACUGGAAUGAUGAACUCACACGAAAGGCAUUUACGAUCCAACAUGAUUUAUACUCUUUUAUCCGGAUAUUAUGGCAACCUUAG